UUUGUUCCUGGAUCUGAACGCAGCACUGUGUCACCUGCGAGCAGCAGGAGUUCAGUGAAAACGGGCGGCGUUUCAGACUAGACAGGAAGACCAAAACGAUUCAAGCCAUAUUUCCCCCUGUCAGUGUUGUGCUGAGCCGGACAAUAUGCCUGUACUACUGCCUGUCCGUAUGUAUUCGUCAUGGAACUUGGUUGUGGAGUAGGGUUCGCCUGUGAGUGGUGAUCCCCGGCCUGCCGUCUCCAGUGCCGUCUGUAGCGUGUAGAUGCCGUGGCCGAGAUGAGUGUGAAGGCUUUUGAGCUAGUCCCCGCUGUGGAGCGAGAUCUCCUCAUGGGGGACAAGGCUCGCAUCAACAUCGAAUGCAUAGAAUGCUGUGGAAAACACUUGUAUGUAGGCACCAAUGACUGCUUCAUCCACCACUUCUUACUAGAUGAGGUCACUUCUGCAAAAGGGAAACUCAGCUACUCUGCUCAGAAGCUGCUGCACAAAUACUUGGGCCUCAAGAAACCAGUCGCUGAGCUGCGGGCUGCCUCGGCUUUGGAGCGUUUGAUAGUACUUUGCGAUGGAGUAGUGUUCCUUGUUGACAUGGUGACCCUGGAGACUGUGCCCUCUGCGGCAGGGGGAGGAGCCAAGAUCAGAGGUGUGAUUGCAUUCUGCAUAAAUGAAAACCCUGUAAAUGGUGACCCCUUCUGUGUGGAAAUGGGCGUGCUCUCCUCCAAAAGGCGGACGGUUCAGAUUUUUAUGGUUUACGAGGACAGGGUGCAGCUGGUCAAAGAGGUGAGCACACCUGAGCAGCCUUGUGCGGUCAGUCUUGAUGGUUACUUCUUGUGCCUGGCCCUUGCUACACAAUACAUGAUCUUAAACUACAACACCGGAGCCCACCAAGACCUCUUCCCUUACAACAGUGAGGAGAGGAGACCGAUAGUGAAAAGGAUCGGAAGGGAGGAGUUUCUCUUGGCAGCACCUGGUGGUCUUGGGAUGUUUGCCAAUGCCGAAGGUGUAUCUCAGCGAGCUCCAGUCAACUGGUCUGAGAGUGUGAUUGGUGCUGCUGUGUGCUUUCCUUAUGUCGUGGCUCUAGAUGAGAGCUUCAUUACGAUCCACAGUAUGCUGGAUCAGCAGCUGAAACAGACACUUUCAUUCAGGGAUGGACACAUUCUACAAGACUUUGAAGGAAAGGUCAUCCUGGCGUCCACUAAAGCCGUGUACGUCCUGGUACCCUUACCACUGGAGAGACAGAUCCAGGAUUUACUGGUCAGUCACAGAGUGGAAGAAGCACUCAUUCUCACUGAGGGAGCGCAGAGAAAUAUUCCCAAAGAAAAGUUUCAGAUUUUGCACAAAAGGAUCCUCCAGCAGGCAGGUUUCAUACAGUUUGGACAACUUCAGUUUCUAGAAGCAAAAGAACACUUCAGAAAGGGUCAGCUGGAUGUUCGGGAGCUGAUAUCUCUCUACCCGUUGUUACUGCCAGCUUCCUCUUCAUUCACACGCUGCCAUCCUCCACUCCAUGAGUUUGCAGAUCUCAACCACCUGGCACAGGGAGAUCAGGAAAAAGUAUUGCGAUGCAAGAAAUUUCUCAUCAGUUAUUUAGGAGAGGUACGAAGCACAGAGGUGGCAAACGGCUGCAGGGAGGAUGUUGACACUGCACUGUUGAAGCUGUACGCAGAGCAGGAUCACGACAGCCUUCUAGACCUGCUAGCCACAGACAAUUCCUGCCUCCUAGCAGACAGCGUCCCGUGGCUUGAGAAAUAUCACAAAUAUUUUGCACUAGGGCUGCUUUAUCAUUACAACGGCCAGGAUUCAUCUGCACUCCAGUUGUGGAUUCGUGUAGCAGACGGGGAUCUGCAGGACUCUACAAGAUCUGACCUAUACGAGUACAUUGUGGACUUUCUUUCCUCCUGUUCUAAUCUGGAUCUCGUGUGGAAGUAUGCAGACUGGGCUUUACGGAAGGAUCCCACUAUAGGUGUCUGCAUCUUUACGAAGAGGCCUGCCACUAAAGAGCUGCCAGAAUUGAACCCUGAUGAUGUUAUUGGUUAUCUGGGAAAACACAAGCAGGCGCUGCUCCUCUACCUGGAACACCUGGUUUUGGACCGACAGAUACAGAAGGAGACGUUUCACACGCACCUGGCUGUGUUGUACGUGGAGAGGGUCUUAUCACUACUGUCAGAGUCACCGACAGAUGACGAGCAGCUGACAAAAGCUAGAGAGAGGCUUCAAGCUAUGCUCAGGGAGUCCAACCUAUACCGUGUACAGUAUCUUUUAGGUAAAAUGGAGAACUGUGAACAUUUGCUGCUAGAGCGUGCAACACUACAUGGAAAACUGGAGGAGAAUGAGAAAGCACUCCACAUACUAGUGCACAAACUCAGAGACUUCCCGUCUGCUGAGGCCUUCUGUAUAUGGGCCUCCUCACGUCGGGAUUCUGCUUACAGGCAGCAGCUCUUUCAUCUUCUCCUCGGGGUGUAUCUUGAUGGUAGCCUCCCUGGACAAUCCCAGAUUGCAGCAGGCGGCGGCAGUGGAGAGCUAGAAAUGGCAGCAGUGGACCUUCUGAAUCGGCACGGGGAGGUGUUCGACGCUGUUCGGGUACUGAGGAUGCUCCCUGAAGGCUGGUCUCUGCAGCUGCUCAGGCCCUUUCUGGGUCGAGCCGUUAGGGCCAGUAUGCAUGCCUGCCGCACCUCCCAGAUCGCUCUGGGUUUAGCCCACUCGGAAAACCUUCAGCUGCUGCAUGACAGGUUGAAAGAGCGGAAGAAGCCAGUCGUUGUGUCAGCAAAGAAGGGAUGCCACCUGUGCCACAACACCUUCAGUGAGCCUGAUGUGGUGUGCCUUCCGGGGGGAGUGCCUGUCCAUACUCACUGUGUUGCCCAGAGAGUAAGAGACUCUCCCACAAAGAGACAGUUAACUAAUAGAAGUAACCAUACGUGAGACUUCACUCUCUACUCUUUCAUGUGAGAGGCACCAAACUAAAGCAGGACAGGCUGAGUUUUUGGAUGACUACAGACUGUAGGAAUCACAAAAAGCACACAACACCCUAUCGCUGUUGUAAGAAUCUACUUGAAAGUAAUGAGAAACACAAAGAGAAAGAUGCUGAAAGUGUGCGAUUGAGGGCAUGGGAGAAACAGAGGAUUUCAGCUGUUUAUUCCUGCGCUGCAAAUAUACCAUACUUUCAGACUGCAAGUUUUAAUCAAGAGGGGAAAAAAAUCCGUCACUCUGCCCUUUAUCACUUUAAACUGAGAGUAAAUGAAUGAUUGCCCCAUCUGGUGGUUCACUAAUGUUCCCAUCCUUGCUUAAACGGUUUUCAACUGGAAUUUGAGAAACAGCUUUGGACUAUGAGACAUACCAUAUUUGAUCCCUGUUGCAAAUGUUUCUGAUGCAUGAACAUAAUAUCCACUCUUACAGUUCUGGUCUGAUAAAGUCACAUGGAGAUUGUACUAGUGUGGCCUUAACCUGCACAUUGCAGUGUUUGGUUUUAAUGUGAAGACGUACAAGUUGAAAGGCAGUCUUUUAUGUCCACACUUCACUCUGACAUUUGGUCUCACUGCUUUGUGUCCCCUCAGCAAUGGAUGUUGUAUUUACAGUAUUUCUGUCAUUCACUGGUAACAAUUUUUAACUAAGGCCACUGGCUUUGAGUGUUUGGUUAUUAAAGUUCAGUGUAUCAUAUGAGGAGCAACAACAGAAUAAUCCCUAUGUGAACUGUUACAUUUCCCCACUUGUCAUGAUUAAACGCAACUGGGAACAAAUCACUACUCAGACUGUACCAUGAAUUGCCAGAUUGGCCCUUGCACAAAUGAAAUAAUCUUCACUGAUGAUAUUUCAGUCGACUCGCAGUUUAACAUUUCAGCAAAUGUACUGGCAGAGUCAUACAGUAUGCUGCAGAUAUGUGAAGUAUCACGAGCUCAUGUGAAAUCAAACUGCAUACAUUUUAUCUGCUUUUGAGUCACAAAUGAAAUAAAUCAAGAAGGAUCUUCACUGCCACUGACCAUCACACAUCCAUGUGGUUUGUUUGUUGCAGAACACACUGUUAUGUAGAUGCAAUGAAUCCUGUUCCUCCUUCACAGGCAUAACGAGAUGUAAAACACGAAUGAACACAAGAUGGCGCUCAUUUGUGACACUUGAAAUUGUCCACCGGUGAAACACUAUAUGGGGACAGUGACGACUGUUGUAGUGUUCAGGUUUAUUCUACUGAAUGCCUUGAUAAUCUUUUUAGAUAACUGAAAAUUGAGCUAGUCUAAACCAUACCUACUUCUGAUGUAUUCAUCAAAGUUUUAUCAAACAAAAUUAAAUAAACUAAAUUUAAAACAAAUCAAAAAAGUUUUGAUAUUGUGCAUCAUACACCCAAUAUUUAAAAAUGAUCCUGAAAUGGGCUUUGCAGCUGUUACAGUUCUGAUUUUUAAACCCCAUCAGACAACCCUCUGAACACAGGAGGAAGCACUAACUGGUUUUAUUUCACCAAAUUUUCAAAGUUCCAUGUGUGUUACAGAAUAAGAAACUGCUGCUUUGAUCUCAUAAAUGUUCUUAAAUUAAUGGAUUAGCUGGAAUUCAGUUGAAUAAUUGAGAGUCAAAAUGAAACCAAAUACGGUUUGUUAAGCUGCUCUGGACAAAAUACUUUUUAAAGGUUAACAUGUUCUGUAUCUGGUUGUCUUAACACUUUUUAUUACAUUUGUCCAAAAACUGUGUUGUUGGCUGUUUCUCACAAAAACUAUACAUGACACACUGACCAUAAAAUUACAACCUUUCUUUCUUCCACAUCCUCCUCAAAGUCUGCAAGAAACAACUAAAGUGAGUAACAACUUUCAGAGCUAAACAAUGUGUCUCUCAUAUUGUCUAUAUUUAUCACAUUUGAAUGUGUCCUCUUUUAUGUCUGUGGUGGGUUUUGCCUGUUCCUCUGAUGCCUGUACUGUUGAUGCUAGCCUUCUUUACUUGCAACCCGUUUCUGCAAAUAUUAUUUUUCUAGCAAGGACAACACAAAAUUAUAUCACUUUCAGUGACAGACAUCCAUAUAGCCUAAUGCACAUCAUAUUUCUGUCUGAAAAUAAAGUGAAGCUUGCUUUAAACUAAGGCCUCCUAACCAUAACCUAAAAUGAUUUAAAAUAGUUAAACAGUUGUGUGGGGAAAAUGCUAUUGUAUUUUUAAAUAUAUGUAAACUGGUAUGUAUAUAUUGCAUUUGUACCUAUUUGUUGCUUUCUUAAUCAAUGCCAAUGUGGAUGGAGUGUACAAACUGUAAAUCCGUCCCAUUUUAAUAAACAUGAAAUAAUAUUAACUUA